UGAUAAGAACCACGCCACAUAUUUUAAAGUCGUUUUUGAUAUCAGUAUCAGUCAAAGAAAUUUCAGGAUUUGGUUGGACACGUACUGUCGCAAUGAUAGCUGCCGUUAACAUCGUGGUUAGGUGUUUGCUGGUGUUUUUAUUUCUGUUACCAAGUCUGUGCGUAUCAGAAGAUUUCAUCCAGCAUAAUCGAAAUGAUUUAUCUCGAUUAAAAGACAGAAAUUGUACGACUACUGGGUACAGAUGUAGUUUAGACUGCAAAAAACUUGAGUUGUGCAUAAACACAGGCGACGAGCUGAUGUCUGCGGACGUGGAAGUGUGCGGAAGUGGAGAGCUGUGCGAUGAAAAAACCAAAAAAUGUUCGCCGAGUUUGAGCACCUGCCCGGUUCCGUUCAUUUGCACAUCGGACGGCACAUUUCCAGAUCCCUACGACUGUACGCAGUUCCACGUGUGUCUGGCGAACUCUCCUGGCACCACGGUCAGUUGUGAUUUCGGGUUCGCAUUCGACGCCUCGACGGGAGAAUGUAGUCUCAAGACUUCCGAAAAUCCCUCCGUGUGCAAGCACUCCCAGGUCCCUGCGUGCAGCUACGAAGGACAGAGCGGACCUCUGGAGUGGAGCGCAGCGUAUUAUUACAAGUGCGAAGACGGGGUUCCGGUGCUCUACAAGUGCGAAGAAGGAGAGUUCGAUUCCACGACGAUGAAGUGCGUUUCAAUUGCCAGUUCCACUCAGACCACAACAACGUCAGUCGUUCCAUCCAGGUGCGAAAACUCUACCGUGUACCCUGAUCCUGUUGACUGUAGCCAAUAUUAUUUAUGCAAAGAAGGAAUAUCAGCACCACUACACAAAACUUGCUCAAAGGAUACGUAUUACAAUCCUGCUCUUCAGUUGUGUCUUUCAGACGCAUCAGUUUGUAAGACCCCGUCAACUCCAUACCCUACAACAUGUAAAGAGACCGGUCUGUAUCCUGACCUCCUAAAAUGUAAUUAUUACUAUUUGUGUUUAAAAGGUUUAGCACCAAGGCACGAACACUGUGCGACAGAUUUGUAUUUCGAUCCUUCUACUCGCCUAUGUGUUAUUAGUUCAGCAAGUUGUGACAAUUAAACACUUAAUAAUUCUAGCCAUGUCACUGAUACUUGAAUAAUUCCAUGUACCUAUUACUUAAAGUUUGAAUGAAGAAGUAAAAAAUUAUAAUUCAAAUUUACUUGUUAGUCCGUAAAUCAAAAUUUUAAAGGAAAUUGAAGAAAUUGUCUUAACAGAAGUUACCUAGGUUUAUAAUCAAUAUGUAAAUAAAAACUUAUUUUUAAGUUAAUGUAAACAAAUUCGUUAAUACAAAAUUUUUGGAGUAUGUGAGUAAAUUAUGAAAGUUUAGGCUUACUGAAAUUAAUCAUCCUCAUGGAAAUGCAUACCUACUUUAAACAUUUAAAAAUAAACUACGUUUGAUAAUA